GUUGUAAAAACGUGCUCGCAUGGAAGGAGUGUGUGAUUGUAAAGUAGCAAAUGAACUCAGUGUGCAUCCACACGCUGUGACUUCCUACGCGGCAAUUAAAACUAAUAUUUGUGAUAGAUGUUUCUUGUAGGCAGGUGUUGGCCACGCUCCUCCCUACCCUCUAUAAUAACUAUUCUAUUCCCCGCCACACGCCUCCCUUUCUCCUCGACGGCGCGUCACGGUCGACCUCUCCAUUAUUUUCCAAGGUAUGUUCGUCUUCUGCCGUCGUUCUUAGAUCGGUGGAGUUACGAGGUUCUUCGUGUGUUUAAUCUGUAUUUCAUCGCCUACGAUUCUUCAGCUGCGGUUGUGUUUGAAUUCUGUUGUUACCAAAUUAAAAACAACAAUCUGAACAUAUAUUUUGAAGAUUCAGUGUGUAUACAUCUAGCAAUAUCACAAUGGGAGCAGAAAAAUCACCUACUUGCUUGCACACUACAAAGAAAAAUCCAGGUAAAGUACCCAAAAGAAUUCACAAGGCUGAAAGGGAGAAAAUGAAGCGUGAACAUUUAAAUGAACUCUUUCUUGAAUUAGCUGGAGCACUUGAACUCACAGAGCAAAACAGUGGUAAAGCGUGUAUAUUGAGUGAAACUACUCGUGUUGUGAAGGACAUGAUUGAUCAGAUCAAGACCCUCAAAAAGGAAAAUGCAACUUUACUCUCUGAAUCACAAUAUGUGAUGGUGGAAAGGAAUGAACUUGAAGACGAGGCUUGUGGUCUACAGAAGCAGAUCAGUGAACUAAAAAACAUCAUAAAAGAAAGAAGUCAAACAGUCAAUGUCCAAACAAAUCUUGACCUAAAUGCCCCUGCGAUAGAAAUAGAAUCCCAUGAACCACAACAAUAUUUAAAUCCUGUUUUUGUUAUCCCUGCUUGUCACCCACAACUAGAUCCGGGUUUGGUUAUUGACAAUAAUGCCCCUGUGUCAAAUGUUAGUAAACCAUACCCUAGGUAUCCUACUCCAUCCGAUUCUUGGCCUUUACAGCUUCUUGAAAAGCCAUCUCGAGUGUAAAAUUUGUAUAACUUGUUGUAGCUCAUUUUAGUUUGUAAUAUGUUGUGUGUGUGUGUGUUGUCUUUUGAAGAAAUGGCAAAUUGUUGUGUUAGUGUUGAUAUAACCACAUUGACUUGAUAAUAGUCACCCAGGGGUUACAUUGAAGAACCCAAGUAUCAUUGGAAAUGAGAGCAUAAUACUAUGUUUUUUAAAAUGUUAAGAGAGC